UUAGCAAUAAAUAGCAAAGUUAACUAGUCUUUAGAGCUACCAGAGUACCUCUUUUUACACCGAACCAACAUGUCUGAAAGAGUUUGGGCCCUCUCAUUGUCUUGGCUCCUAGGGGUAGCUGUUGCCUUUCCAUGGCUGGACCGCUCUGGUUCCUCCUCACACUUCUUGCAACAUUUCUACCUGGGGGUUUCAGAGCCCAUCCAGGGUCUUCCCUGGUUCACUCAGUUGGGGUAUGUGGAUGACCAACUCAUCACACGCUAUGACAGCAACAAAAGGGAGGAUCAGCCUCAAGUCUCCUGGAUGGAGAAGGCGGAGGAUGCCCGGUUCUGGGAGCGGGAGACCCAUCAUGCUCGAGAUGCCGAGUUCUUCUUCAUGCAGGCCCUGGUGAUCCUGCAGACUCGCUACAACCAGAAUGGAGGGCUGCACACCUGGCAGUGCCUGGUCGGCUGUGAGCUGAGCAAAGACGAGAAGCAGAAAGGAAGGUCCAUGCAGUGCGGCUACGAUGGGAAGGACUUCAUCAGCCUGGACAAGGAGACCUUCACCUGGAUGGCAGCUGAAGAUGCGGCCCAAUACACCAAGAGGAAGUGGGAUGCAGACCCGGACAUUGCUGAGAUAUUAAAAGGCUAUCUGGAGGGAGACUGCAUUGAGAGGCUGCGAAAAUACCUUGACUAUGCGAACAAGGCUCUGCUGAAAACAGAGCCUCCGAUAGUGAAGGUGACACGCAAGGUGGGCCAUGAUGGUCUAGGGACCUUUAUCUGCUGCGUCUAUGGCUUCUACCCUCAAGAGAUUAAGGCCACGUGGAGGAAGGACGGGGAAGACUGGGAGCAGGAGACCUUCUCCAGUGGUAUUCUACCCAACUCAGACGGGACCUACAACACCUGGCUCAGCAUGGAGAUUGACCCCAACGACACGGACCACUACCAGUGCCAUGUGGAACACUUCAGUCUUCCAGAGCCUCUCUCCAUAGCCUGGGAGGUGCCUGUUGCCAGGCUACAAGAGAACCUGUCACCUCAUCCUGCAGCUGCCUGGAUAUUCAACUGGCUCCGUAUUACAUAUGUCCUCUCAGCUGCAAGUAUUUUGCUGCUGAUGCCUAUGUUCAUCUUAUACAUCAAGAUAUGGCAGAGAAACAGCAUCAACAGAGAAGCACCAAUGUCUCCAUUGAUAGUGAAGCUCAUGAUUGCAGGCGGCUUUGUGUCCGCCAUCCUUCUGGUGGCUACAAUCAUCCCAUGGAUCAGAACAGAGGAAAGUCACAAGGAUGAUCCCUCACUUGCCCUCCCCCUGGCAAAAGAGCCCGAUGAGGAGGACUGCUUCCAGUGCCGUGUGGAAUAUGAGGACCUUCCAAAACCUUUGGCAUUGGUUUCGAGAAAGCCUGCCUCAGUGCCUGUGGGGGCGAUCCUGAGGGCCAUGGGUGUCAUUCUACUGGUGCCUGGGAUCUCCAUAUACAUUAAGAAACGACAGCAAGAUGCUUCCAAAGCAAGCUACAAAGCAACAUCAAGUGGUGGGACUCAAGAACAGGAAGAAGUAACCCUUUCAUCCAGAAUAAAUAGCUUCUCUGUGGGGUGGGGAGAGGUAGUCAAAAGCUGAAAAAGAAAAACUGAGUUAACUGUACUGCCCAGUAUCUCUGAUAUCUCCAAUUACUUGAAAUGGAGCUGGUUAUUAAUGAUACUGACAAAUUAUUAAUCAUAGAAUUACAAAAACUGAAUAAAUAUUUUCAGCAAAUGGAAGAAAACAUGACAAAUAAAAUAGAUUCACUAAAAACAGACACAAACAGUUGUUUUUUGGAAGUGAUUAAAAAACUGAUACCGGUAACUAUGACCAAACAAGAUAUCAAAACAACAGGAAGUGUUGUUAUCUGAUCAGAAUACACAUUCUGUAGAGAUUGACAAACUGAAGGAAAAAGUGCAAAUUUUAGAAUUUAGGAUUCGGAAGGCCCACUUAAAGCUCCGUGGAGUGGGAGAAAAUAUCAGCCAAGAUAACUUGAGAGAAGAAGUUGGAAAGCUUUUGGCUGAAUUUCUUGGAUGGGGUGAAGGAGAAAGACUAGAAAUUGCAAAGAUUUAUAGAAUUAAUUCGGCAUAUGCCCAGGACAGGAAAAUACCCCGAUAUAUACUCAUUAAGUUUACCGACAUGCAAACCAAGAAAGAGAUAUUGCAGGCUCAAAGACAGAAUUCGCUGAGGUUUGAUAACAAUGAUAUACAGAUUCUACCAGAUGUUUCACCACAGAUUUUAUUAUUUAUUUAUUUAUUAGAUUUCUAUACUGCCCUUCCAAAAAUGGCUCAGGGCGCUUUACACAGAGAAAUAAUAAAUAAAUAAGAUUUUAGCCAAGCAUUGAAAUUUCUAACGAUGAUUUUGCAAGAGAGAAAGAUUAAAUACAGAUGAGCGGUACCAUUCCAAUUAGAAGGUUUUUUGGAUGAAGGGAAGGCCUUUGUUUAUACAGUGGAAGACGCAAGGGCUAUGGCAGAGUUAGUAAAGGCGACAAAAGAAACAGUAGAGGGAGAGAAGGAAGAAGAUGCCAAGAGUGAUGAAGCAGCUGCUUAUUAAUAAUUAAACAGGAAGAUGGAGCAGCUAAAAGUAUUCUCAACAAAUAUAAGUGGAUUAAAUAGUCUGUUCAAAAGGAAAAAGACCUUUCUAAAAUUAAAAAAAGAGGGUGUGGAUAUUAUUUGUCUUUAAUAGAGACUCAUAUAAAAAAGAUAAUGUAAAUUUGUUGGAAUGUAACCAACUUGGUCAAAUGUUUGCUGCAUCGGGUGGGGGUGUAUGGAGAAAAAUGGAGUUGUGAUAUAUAUUAAAAACUUGACAUGGAAUUUAGAGAAGCAGAUUCAGGACAAGGAAGGUAGAUUUAUUAUUCUUAGAUUCCAAAGACCAAGCAACAAAUAGACAAUUGCCUCAAUUUAUGCUCCAAAUGAUAAGACAAAGUUUUACAAGAGGUUUUUCCAAUCUUUGUUGGAGAUUCUAGAAGGAGAUAUUUUUAUUUUUGGAGAUAUGAAUGCAGUCCUUUGUACGACGCAAGACAAAUCGGGAAAAUACAAGAGGAGUACUGGCAAAGUGCCUAAAAUGUAGAAGAUUGUAUGUCAUUAUUAUCGUUGGUUGAUGCAUGGAGAUAUAAAUAUCCAUUAGAAAAAGAAUAUACUUUUUUCUCAGCACCUCAUAAGACAUAUUCGAGAAUCAAUAUGUGUUGCAUUUCUAAAUCAGUCCUACCUACACCUAUAUAUGUGGAAGUGGCACCAUUGACAUAUGUGGAUCAUAACCCGAUAAUUUUGAAGAUGAAGAAAGAAAAUCCUUCCCCAAGAAGUCUGCCUUAAUCAUAGUCCUUUGGAAGCCUAGGAUUGCUCAGCCCUGUAUGGGAGGGUUUUGCCACUUUAACCCAGCCUCCAGAACCUUAAGGGAGAUCAAACAGAUUCCAUUUUAAACCCUUAAGGUGACCUGGAUGCUGAAUGAAGCAGAAAGUGGGUUCCAUUAGUUCUGCUUAGAACUAACGUUAUUUGUUUUAACUAAUGUUUUUUUCUGUUUGUUUGGUUUGUUGUAAACUGCCCAGAGACAGGAGUUUUGGGUGGUAUAAAAAACUGUAAAAUAAAAUAAAUAUAAUAAAUAAGUAAAC